AUGCACAUUCUUCCAAUUCCUAUGAGGUGGGGCCAAGGCGAUAAUUACGCCUACCUUUUAGUCGAUGACCGCAGUAAAAAUGCAUGGUUGAUUGACCCAGCAGUUCCUCUGGAAGUCAAUGAGUUUAUCAAGGAGAAAAAACCAAAAUAUGAAUUGAAAGCAAUUGUCAAUACGCACCAUCAUUAUGAUCAUUCUGACGGUAACAAAGAGUUUCACAGAAAAUACCCAGAUUUGCCAAUAAUUGCCGGUAAGGACUCGCCUUUGGUGACCUAUACGCCGUCGCACGAAGAAGUAAUUGAUUUGGGUGAUGAUUUGUCUGUUACAGCGUUGCAUACGCCAUGCCACACACAGGACUCGAUUUGUUACUACGUUAAGGAUGCAAAAACAGGUGAAAAAGCAGUAUUUACGGGUGACACAUUGUUCAUCAGUGGAUGCGGACGAUUUUUCGAAGGCACUGGUGCAGAAAUGAAUGUUGCCUUGAACAAAAUCUUGGCCAAAUUGCCCAAAGAUACAAAAGUAUAUCCUGGACACGAGUAUACCAAGUCCAAUGUCAAGUUUUCCAAGACCAUUUUGGACAAUGAAGCAAUCGAAGCUUUGGAUGAGUACACACAAAAGCACGAGCAUACAACGGGUCAAUUUACAAUUGGAGACGAAUUGAAUUUUAACCCAUUUAUGAGAUUACUGGACCCACAGGUUCAGGAGAAGACAGGGUUGACUCAAGCUGAUGAUGUGAUGACAAAGUUAAGAGAAAUGAAAAACAACUCGUAA